GCCACUUCCUAGACUUGGGUGUGUCUCUUUAGACUUUCAUCGUCGAUUUACCCAUCACCGCAUUUACGACCGAGAGAAUUUAUCGACCCGGGAUAAUAUCACGACGACUUUCGACCAACAUAUUCUAAUCGAUUUCCCCGUCGAACAAAAAUAAUCAAAAUGUCUACGGCUCAGGAAAACGCUCAGUCCAUCAAGGUCUUGGAUGACCUGAUGCAAAAGCUCACCAUUUCCAAGGAUGCCGCUUCUAUCAAGGACGCAUCCCACUCGUUGGCCUCUUUCAUCAACGGUCGCAUCGAAGACCAGGAAGCCCCCACUAGAACCGUGGAGGCCUUAAAGAAGCAGAUUACAAACAAGAAAGAUGCUGCAGCCCGCGAGAAGGCAGCCAAUGCCAUCCAGGCCAUUGCCCAGCACUCUGAGAUCGCCCCCAACGUCGAGCCCUACUUUGUUCUCCUACUACCUCUAACCCUUGCUGCCAUUGGCGACAAGAUUACUGGUGUCAAGAAUGCCGCUAUUGCUGCCACCACCGCCAUCGUUGAGGCUAUCAACCCCAACGCUGUCAAGGCCGUCCUACCCGUCAUCGUCAAGUCUAUUCUCGAGUCCCAGAAAUGGCCCGAGAAGAUCACCGCUCUUGACUGCAUUGAUAUUCUUGUUCGAACUGCCCCUGCCCAACUGGCAUUCCGAGUUCCUGAGCUCAUUCCUGUUAUCUCCGAGUCCAUGUGGGAUACCAAGAAGGAAGUCAAGGAGCGUGCAUACAAGACUAUGGAGAAGAUCUGCGAGUUGAUUGUCAACAAGGAUAUUGAGCGAUUCAUUCCCGAGCUCAUCAAGUGUAUCGCUAAGCCUGAGAAUGUCCCCGAGACUGUCCACUUGCUCGGUGCUACAACCUUCGUCACUGAGGUUCAAGAGCCUACUUUGGCUCUGAUGGUUCCUCUGCUCGAUCGUGGUUUGGCUGAGCGAGACACUGCCAUCAAGCGAAAGGCCGCUGUUAUCGUUGACAACAUGUGCAAACUUGUUGACGACCCCAACAUCGUUGCUCCUUUCUUGCCCAAGAUGAUGCCUGGUCUCCAGAAGAACUACGAUAACUUAGCCGACCCCGAAGCCCGUGAAAAGACCAAGCAGGCUCUGGAUACUCUUAUCCGUGUUGGUGACAUCAAGGAUGGCAAGAUCCCCGAGGUUCGCCACGACGGCGAUGUUGCCGUUGUCUUGGGCCACCUCCAAGCUAUCAUCCCCAGCAAGCAUGCUAAGACGGCUGAGAAAUUGGCUCCUGUUCUGGAGUACAUCUCCGCCAUUGGUGGCCAGCUCGUUGACGAGAAGGAAACCGAGCCCUCUACUUGGGCCGCUGCUGUCAAGCCUUUUGUCACAGUUGUUGUUGGCGAUGUCGAUGCUGAAAAGGUUGUCGACGGUCUUAGAAGGCGUGCUUCUUCAGGUGCUGCCGAUGAGGCCGAGGAAGAGGUAGAUGAUGAUGAGGGUGAAGACCUCUGCAACUGCACCUUCUCUCUUGCCUACGGUGCCAAGAUUCUUCUUAACCAGACUCACCUACGCCUCAAGCGUGGUCGCCGUUACGGUCUUUGCGGUCCCAACGGAUCCGGUAAAUCUACUCUCAUGCGUGCUAUCAACAACGAGCAGGUCGAAGGUUUCCCUAAGCAGAGCGAAGUCAAGACUGUCUUCGUUGAGCACGACCUGGAUUCUGCCGAUACUGAGAUGACUACCAUUGACUGGACAAUGAAGAAGCUGGCUGAGGCAGGCGUUACCACUAGCAAGGCCGACGUCGAGAAGCGCCUUGAGGAGUUUGGUUUCACAGAGGCAAUGACUCAGGGUGAGAUCACCGCUCUGUCUGGUGGUUGGAAGAUGAAGUUGGCUUUGUGCCGUGCUGUCUUCGAAGCCCCGGAUAUCCUGUUGCUCGAUGAGCCUACUAACCAUCUCGACGUGAAGAACGUCAAAUGGCUCGAGGACUACUUAAUCAACUCCCCCUGCACUUCUAUCAUUGUUUCUCACGACAGCAGCUUCUUGGACAACGUCACCCAAUACAUUAUCCACUACGAACGAUUCAAGUUAAAGAGAUACAAGGGUAACCUAAAGGAGUUCGUCCGUAAGAACCCUCACGCCAAGUCGUACUACGAGCUUGGAGAAUCCGAGAUCGAGUUCACUUUCCCCGAACCCGGUUUCUUGGAGGGUGUCAAGACCAAGGCUAAGGCCAUUCUGCGUGCCACCAAGAUGAGCUUCCAAUAUCCGGGUACCCCCAAGCCUCAGAUCACCGACAUCAGCUUCCAGUGCUCGCUCGGUUCCCGUAUCGCCGUUAUCGGUCCCAACGGUGCCGGAAAGUCGACCCUCAUUAACGUCCUCACUGGUGAGCUGAUCCCGACCGCUGGUGAGAUCUACCAACACGAGAACAUCCGUAUUGCCUACAUCAAGCAGCACGCCUUCGCCCAUAUUGAUAACCAUCUCGACAAGACCCCCUCUGAGUACAUCCAGUGGCGAUUCCAGACUGGUGAGGAUCGUGAGACCAUGGACCGUGCCAAUAAGAUCAUUACUGAAGAUGAUGAAAAGGCGAUGGACAAGAUCUUCAAGGUUGAGGGUUCGCAACGCCGCAUCAUUGGUAUUCACAGCCGUAGAAAGUUCAAGAACAGCUACGAAUACGAGUGCUCUUUUGCUCUUGGAGAGAACGUGGGCAUGAAGAACGAGCGCUGGGUUCCUAUGAUGACAGCCGACAACGCUUGGCUUCCGCGAACCGAACUUCUCGGUUCUCACCAGAAGAUGGUCGCCGAGGUCGAUAUGAGGGAAGCGCUUGCUUCUGGUCAAUUCCGACCCCUAGUCCGAAAGGAGAUCGAGUCCCACUGUGCCAACUUCGGUCUUGAUGCGGAACUUGUAUCCCACUCGCGCAUGCGCGGUCUCUCUGGUGGUCAGCGUGUCAAGGUCGUCUUAGCUGCUUGCUCGUGGCAACGACCCCACUUAAUCGUUCUUGACGAGCCCACCAACUAUCUCGAUCGUGACUCCCUAGGUGCCCUGUCCAAGGCUCUGAAGAAAUUCGAGGGUGGUGUCAUCAUCAUCACUCACAGCGCCGAGUUCACCAAGGACUUGACUGAAGAAGUGUGGGCUGUCAUGGAUGGUAAGAUGACGCCUUCAGGCCACAACUGGGUCCAAGGCCAAGGCGCUGGCCCUAGGCUAAAGCAAGGCGACGACGACGAAGAGGAGAAGUUCGACGCGAUGGGUAAUAAGAUUGUGGCGACGAAGAAGAAGGCUAAGUUGACUAGCUCCGAGGCCAGGAAGAAGAAGAAGGAGCGUAUGGCCCGCCGAAAGCGUGGUGAGGAGGUCUUCUCCGAUGAGGAUGAGUAGACGGUUUGCCAUCAUCCUCGCUGGCACGCAUCCUUACGACUUACUUCUGAUUCACGAAUAUGAUCACUUUUUCCUUUGUCUGAUAUGAACACAAAAAGUUCGGAUUUGCAUGGUUAGGCAUUGU